AUGAAGAAGAUCAAUCUAUUACUCAGAAAAUGCAAGAGUUUGUCAAGGCAGCUAGGAAGAUCUUCAUCAUACAGUAGCCUGAGGUCCAAAUCCACUAAAGAAGACAUAUGGGGUGGUGGUCAUGGCAUGCAAGAAGAUGAACAUUGUGAAACAAUAUUUGUUGGUAGCACAAGAAAACGGUACGUGAUCAGCAAGAAGUAUCUGAACCAUCCUCUUCUGAAUGAGCUAAUCAACAAGUCAAAGCCAAAGGGUAGUAAUGAAAGUAGUGUAUUGGUGGUCAACUGUGAGGUGGUUCUCUUUGAUCAUCUAUUGUGGAUGUUAGAAAAUGCAGAUCCUAAGUUUAGUUCUGAGUCUUUGGAGGAAUUGGCUGAACUCUAUGUGUUUUGA